AUGAGGGCGCAAAGUGAAACAAUAAAACCGUCAACCCCUCUUAGAAGAAUACCUAAAAAUAGAGGAACCGUUGUGAGAAAUGCUACUGAAUUAAACCCAUUGUCAGAGCAAGAAUUAAAAAAUGUUAUUCAUGUAUACUCGGAAGCUAACAAAACAUAUUACCAGAAUUGUGCAAAGAAUGAAAGAAACCCCAAGAAAAAAAAAAAAAAAGCAACCCCCAAAAAAAUUGAAAGUGAAGAAUUUGAUAUGAAUAGUCUUAACCCGUUAAAAUAUCGAAAUGAAAAAUACGAAGAAAAUGGGACUCUUUUACAUUUGCCAGGUACUAGCAUUACUCCGAAAUAUAUGAAUCAGAACCCAAAUGCUGAUUAUGGCGUCUCAUCUCUGUCAUAUGGAACGCUUCAUAAAUCGAAUCCACUAUCAUGGGGAUGUGAAUACAAGAAACAUUAUGAACUUCCAACUAUUUGUUCAAUUGUAAAAUCAAAACACCCCAUUUAUUCCAAGCCUCAGAAUGCGGAAAUAGAACGAGAACACUCCAAUAUUUAUCAUAAAAUGAAAUCGAAGAAAAAGAAUAAUAAUGUUUUUCGAACAAGUUCCAAAAAUGACAAUAAGUUAAAAGAUAAAAGGGUACCUACUUUUGGUAAUUACCAAGAAGAUGAAAUUACAAGCAUUCAACAUAGUAAACAUAUAACUAACGAACACAGAUAUGAGAACAAUGACAUCGUAGACACCACUAUUAAAGAUAGUAGCCAUUCUGACAAAUCUAAAGAUAUUUCAGACAAUACCUUUAAUUACGAUGAUUUUUACAAUGAUUCUGAGAAUAGUAGUAUAAAUAAUUCUAAAUCAGAAGGUUUAAAAAAUGUUCUACAAGAGGACAAACAUAAGGCAAACCUUAAUUCUAAAAGAUAUGGUAAUAACAUAGAGGAGAAAAAAAAUUUAUCUAAUAUUCAUUGCAAUAAUGAAAAUAAGAAUCUAAAUAAGGAAUUAAAAUUGGUAAAUCCUAAAAGAGAAAAUGAUAUUGUAAAUAUGCAAGACAAUAAUUCCCUAGAUAUAAUUUUAUCAAACGUAACCUUGAUGGAGUUAAAGAAUUCAGACACAGAAUCAGAAUGCUUGUACAGCUCGAGUGUGUAUUUUAAUGGAGAUACUUCUGAUUGUAUGAAUAACUCACAGAUUUGUGGAAAAAAUGAAGAAAAACAUGUCAAGUCAGAUUGUAAUAAUUCUCACGACUAUUCAACACCACAAAUGGCAUUGGUGCAAGAUAGUCGCAACAAGGGUAUGAAAAAACAAAAAAACAGACUACCGACUAAUAAAACUACGAAAGCGUAUAAAUCAUUUGGUAAACAAACUAUAGUUAAGGGAUCACUGGAAAAUAAAGAAAGCUAUUAUGAUUCUUUUGGAAAGGUCUCAGACAAAAAUACAAAAGGGCGUAAGGUGUUAAUUAAAUGUAGAAUGCAGCCCAUCGAAGAACACAAUCCGAUGUAUUAUGCAUAUGAAAUAAAUACAAAUAAGAAUAACAAAAAAUCGAAGCAAAAAAGACAAUUUAAAAAAAAAAAUUCAUUAAAAUGUGAUCAGGAUUAUGAGCAAAAUUUACUAAAUGAAAAUUCUUUUAAUAAGAGUAAAAAAAAAGGUCAUACAAAAGGAUUAAGAUAUGAUAAAAUUUCUAAAAAGAAUAACUUGGAAAGCAAUAGUAUAAAGAAUAAUAAAUCCCUCAACAUGCGCACAAUUAAUACAUUAGGAUCUCAGAAUGGUACAUUUAUAGGCAAUAACAACUUUGUUGUACCUGAAUCAAAUAAUCAACAAUCUUCGAAAAUAGAACAAGUCAAUUUCCACAAUAUGAAAAACAUACCUAAUGAACAAUCUUAUGCAAAAAAUGAAAUUAUCGAUAUUAUGAACCAAAACACACCCAAAGGAGGAUGGAAAAUAAAUCUCGGAAAGGAAGCAUACACAGAUGGGAUUCCCAGUUAUGCAUAUGCAGUACAUGCAGACGCAAUACCAAGGGUGUUACCCGUUACAUAUAGCAUGUAUGAGAACGUACCAUAUAGAGAUAUGAAAAACCAAGCUCCAAAUGUUUUAUCUGAAGUUCUACCUGACUUAGCUGUUGUUAAUUUGUGCAAACCUGAGUGUAAUACAAAGAGGUACCAUUCAACAUCUGUUUUACCAAAAAUUCAACCACAUUUAGCACAAGACAGUAACACCUCAUCAAUGCAGAAUCACAUCGAUCGCGCGCAAACUCAAAUGUUUCACGUACCUAUCAAUAUGUCUCAAGGGAAAAUGCAAACACAGGUAUCGACAGUUCAGAGGAAAAUGCCUAAUAUGAAGAUGCAAGUGUCUAACACGCAGAUGCAAAUACCUAACACGCAGAUGCAAAUACCUAACACGCAGAUGCAAAUACCUAACACGCAGAUGCAAAUACCUAACACGCAGAUGCAAAUACCUAACACGCAGAUGCAAAUACCUAACACACAGAUGCAAGUACCUAAUACGCAGAUGCAAGUGCCAAUUACGCCAAUGCAAAUUCCUAUUACACCAAUACAAUGGCCCAUUACGCAAAUGCAAAUGCCCAUUGCUCCAAUUCAAAUGCCCAUUACUCCAAUGCAAAUGUCGAUUGCACACAUAGGUGCACCCUACGGGAAAGCUGGAUUUACACUAAAACAAGAUUCACUUCCCCAGACAUAUAUGCCACAUGGCCUUGAACAAAACCAUAUAGUACAAAAACUACAAGCACCCGUUAUGGAAAAUCCAACUGUUCUUGAGCAAAUACAACCAACGAAUACUGUUUCAAAUAGAGAACUUAGAAUUGAUGACAAAGAUUGUAACCUUGUGGAAUUAUCAAAUCAGUUAGUACAAUUUAAGGGUCAUAAUAAUGUAGAAUACAAUAACGAUGCUGCUUUUUCUAGAUCUAUUGAUCAUAAUUAUAACACGUCUUAUAAUAUAACAGAAUGUAAUUCAGGUGACUUAAACAAGAAAGAAUAUGUAGAAAAUAUUUUUACAAAUCCCUUAAUUAAGGGUGGUGUAAAUAUAGGUGGUAUGUAUGCGAAUAAUAUAAAUCCGAACAAAUGUAUAGAUCAAUAUAAGUCUGUAGACGAUAAGGUAAUAUUUUCAAAAAUGGAAAAUGCAGUUCCGUCUUGGGUUAAAACGUACACAGAUAUGCAAACUCCAGUGAUAAAAAGUGAAGCAUCAAAUGUCAGUUGUCUAAAUAUAAAUACAAAUACGAAAGAUGAUAAUGCAAAUAGUAACGUAAAUAGUUCUAUGAAAAAUUUCAGUUGUCUUUCUAAUGUGGAAUCAUGUAACAAUAAUGUGUACCACCAAAUUAAUAAUCCUCAACUUGUGGGAAAUACAAAAAGAAUAAACCCUAUAGAUAUAUCCAACUUAAUUAAAACGUCAAACGAGAACUUAAUAAAUUUACAAAACAAACAGUUGUUAGACAUUUUACAUGAAAAAGGGAAAUGUAAACCAAGUAUAUCUAUCAAUAAUAUAGAUAAUAACCAUCCAUUAUAUGAUGAGUUAAAUAUUCAUACUCAAAAUAAUGUAAGUGAACAAAAAUGUCAAAAUUUUAUAGAUAAUACAAUCAAAUACUUUUCAUGUGCAUACCCAACAGAUGUUUCGAAAAAAUGGGUAGGUGAGACAGAAAGUAUAAUUUUUUCUACGACACCUGAAGAAAUAAUUAAUAAAAAUCAACUGAUACAGAAUAAUUCACAACUAACAAGCCAUUUAAACUAA